GUCGCGCCACAAGUUCAUCCACAAGAUCGUCGAGGUUCCUUUCCUCUCACACUCAUUUCUGAGCGGUACUGAGCUGUCCUAUAUCCAUAAUACUCAUAACCGUUCAUUGUCAAUCGCUAUUUGUAUCGAGGAAGGAUUUACCUCGCCAGCAUCAUCAUGUAUACUUCCAUUCUUUUACAAUCGCUGCUUUUCAGUGUACCCUUCAUUCCUAACACGGCUGCACAAAGUCUCUACGACUCCGUCACUGAUCCGACAAAACGGGCAGAAUUUGCCCUCUCGACGCUACAAAUUUGGUACGAUGCCGGAACGGGCCUUUGGGACACAACAGGGUGGUGGAAUAGUGCCAACGUUAUGACGAUGAUCGCAAAUCUCGCAAAAAACGACCCGAACAACGCACAGCUGCAGAACCUUGCGACAAGAGUAUUCGCAAACACGCUGCUGCAAGCGCCCGCCAAGAACCCACAGCCAGGUGUUGAGAACGAGGCGAACAGGAGAAGAGACGUUGACCCUGGGAAUGGCACUUUCGUACUGUUCAAUGAGACCGGUACGGAAUCAGGGUACUUCAAAAGCCUUAACCCAGGGGGCAAUCACGAGCCAAUUACGACAUUCCCCCCCGAUUGGGACGCCGAUGAUGGUCAAUAUGUCGACAUACAAAGCUUGCCCAGCUUUGCAUCGGAAUCAAAGGAUGAGGCAACUCAAGUCGCCCUAGCCACGACACCAAACCCUGAAGACUGGCUCGAUGGCUUCUACGACGAUGAUCUGUGGUGGGCGUUGGCGUGGAUUGGUGCCUACGACGUCACACAGAAGAUCGAAUAUCUCCAACUGGCGGAGGGCAUAUUCGGUCAAGUCACCAAAGCUUGGCCGACGCGCUGCGGCAAUGGCGGCAUCUUCUGGAGCUGGAAGAAGGAUUACAUGAAUGCCAUCGCCAAUGAGCUGUUUUUGUCAACAGCAGCACAUCUGGCGAACCGUGCUGAGAAUAAGGAUACCUAUGUCGAAUGGGCGGAAUUGACGCUCACUUGGUUCUUGAAUAGCGGGAUGAUCAACGAGCAAGGCACCAUCAACGACGGAUUGACUGAAGGGUGCAAGAACAACGGUUAUAACACAUGGUCCUACAAUCAAGGCGUCAUUCUCGGUGGCUUAGUCGAGCUCAACAAGGCCACGCCUAACGACACCUACCUCCCCCUCGCCACCAAGAUAGCCAAAGCCGCCAUUGCCGAGCUCUCAGACGACAACGGCGUCAUCCAUGAUGGUUGCGAGCCCAAUUGCGGUGGUGAUGGUAACCAGUUCAAGGGUGUCUUCAUGCGCAAUUUGCAGCUUCUCCAUGAAGCGGCGCCAGACGAUGCGUUUGCGGAUUCGAUCCGGACGAAUGCCGAUAGUAUCUGGAAGAACAACAGGGACGAAGAGCAGGGAAACACGCUCAGUGUGGUAUGGUCUGGUCCGUUUGUUAGUCCGGCGAACGCGAGUACACAUUCGAGUGCAAUGGAUGCACUUGUUGCCGCUAUGACACUGUAAUGUUUGGAUAUGAGGCCAGGGAGGAGCUGGACAGGGCACGAAGUAACGAAUGCAUUAAAGCGGGCGUU